AUGGGUUGUUGCAUGAAAAGAAAGGCUCAUGUGGCAGCCAGUUCUUUAAAUCCAAGUCUAAGAUAGACUAAGAAAUUCGAUACUCAACGUUCUCGAGUGGAUGAAAUGAAGUCUGAAGUGUAUGAGAAAACGAUGUAUGGGAAUGAAGAUAACUAUUAUGAUUCAGAUGAAUUACUUUGCAUUGAUCGCAAUUAACUAUUGAGUCUGAUUAAGAGUGAACCCAAAAAGAUUCGUUGGACUCCAGGAUAAGUGAUUGGGUAAGGUUCAUUCGGAAGAGUGAUAGAGGCGAUGAAUCUAGACACUGGGCAAUUGAUGGCAGUUAAGCAGGUAAUGGUUGAUGUUCGAAAUGAAGAUCGCAUAAUAGCACUUGAAAUCGAAAUCGACUUGCUUUCUUUAAUCAAUCAUAAGAAUAUAGUUUCAUAUUAUGGGAUGGAACGCACAGAGAAGACAUUUAAAUAUCUUCCUGGAGAGAGUUGCAGGAGGAUCCUUGAGUUCAAUGCUUCAGAAAUUCGGCCCUUUUAAGGAACCUCUGAUCAAAAAUAUUUGCAUCAAAAUGGCAUAAUGCAUAGGGAUAUUAAGGGUGCAAAUGUGCUGGUUGACAAUCAAGGAGUUUGCAAGUUGGCUGACUUUGGGAGCAGUAAGAAGAUUGCAUUAAAUAGCAAUAGCACUAUCUUUGGAACUCCCAAUUUUAUGGCUCCUGAAGUGGUAAAAUAAUAAAAAUCUGGGAGGAAGGCUGAUAUUUGGAGUCUAGGAUGCACCAUGAUAGAAUUGGCAACAGGUAAGCCUCCAUGGUAUCAAUUAAAUAAUCAAUUUGCAGUGAUGAUCAGGAUCGGGAAGGGAGAAAUACCAGAAGUUCCAGAAGGAUUUUCGGAGGAAGCCAAAAACUUUGUUUCGCAUUGCUUAGAGGUUGAUGAACACAAACGCUGGAAUGCGACAAAACUAUUAAAACAUCCUUUCCUGAUCCAAUAGAAUAAGCUCGAAAUUCCAUAAGGAAGGACUCCUUUACGCAAUACGCCUGGGAGCAAAUCGAAAUAGUAAUAGCGAUCCUUUAAAUAUCCAGAAUAGGAAACUUCUCAUUCUCCUGGUUAAUUGAAAGAAUUUGAUUAACAGCAGUCAGACAACCCUCAACCCAUGAUAGAUAGUUCCUUUGUUCUCAAAUAGAGAAGGUAAUAGGAAUGA